AUAUUUUCUAGUUUCAGAAGUGAGAAUGGAGCAGCUCCCUGAGGAGAACUUGGUCAAGGUUGCUGGUAAGAUCCUGUGCUGUGAGUGUGGAACUCCGAUAGAUCCGAACCCUGCUAAUCUUUGCGUUGCUUGUCUCAGAACUCAAGUUGAUAUAACAGAAGGGAUUCCUAAACAGGUGACCCUUCAUUUCUGUAAAUUUUGUGACAGAUAUCUGAACCCACCACAACAAUGGGUUGCAGCGGCUCUGGAGUCAAGGGAAUUGAUGGCACUCUGUUUAAAGAAGUUAAAGAAUUUGGCUAAAGUUAAACUUAUCGAUGCAAACUUCUUGUGGACUGAACCUCACAGCAAGAGGAUCAAAGUUAAACUUGCAAUUCAGGCUGAAGUGUUAGGAGGCGCCAUCUUACAGCAAACCUUUGUUGUUGAAUAUGUUGUGGCAUAUCAGAUGUGUACUGAUUGUCACAGGGUGGAAGCUAAAGAUCAUUGGAACGCCUUAGUUCAGAUCAGACAGAAAACCCAGCAGAGAAAAACAUUGUUCUACGUUGAGCAGCUUCUUCUUAAAUAUGGAGCUACUAAGGAUUGCGUAGGAAUAAAGCCACACCACGAAGGCCUUGAUUUUUACUACUCAACGGAGUCAGCAGCUAAAAAGCUUCUGGAAUUCUUCCAGUCUAUGAUUCCCAUCAGAUCACAGAACAGUAAACGAUUAAUCAGUCAUGACGUGCACAGUGGAACAUACAACUAUAAAUAUACAUUUAGUGUUGAUGUUGUUCCUGUCUGCAAGGACAAUGUUGUAUGUUUGUCUAAGCAACAGGCCCAUGUUCUAGGAGGAAUUGGACAGAUUUGUGUUGUCAACAAAGUUUCUCAGGCUGUACACUUGAUAGAUCCUAACACUUGUCAGUAUGUUGAUAUCACAGCUGCAGUUUACUUCAAGGCUCCAUUCCUUAGUCUAUGCAGACAGAGAGAUCUGGUAGAGUUUACAGUGAUUAAUAUAGAACCAAUCACACAGAAGGAUCGAAAAACAUUCUCCGGGCAGGGAAAGAUAUCUCAGAAGCAUGUUCUCGCAGAUUGCUGGGUCGUCAAAUCUUCAGAACUAGGUAUGAAUGAUGAUCCUAUCCACUGUAGAACGUAUCUUGGUCACGUUCUCAACAUCGGAGAUUCCGUUCUUGGACUUGAUCUCAAGAAUUCGAAUGUAAACAACCCGGAGCUCGAGAAACUUUCUACAGAUAAGAUGCCGGAUGUUGUUCUUGUGAAGAAACACUUUGCCGACAAGGCACUGCGGAACCGGAAAAGGAAAUGGAAGCUGAAGCAUAUGGAAGGAUUCCCUCACAUGGAAACAGAAAGCUGCAACGAUGAGUUUGCUGACUUUGCGAAUGAUCUAGAGGAGGACCCUACCCUGAGACAGAACGUGAAUAUUUACCUGGACAGGAACAAGAUACCUGUGGACGAGGACGAGGAUGAUGACGAGUGCCCACAGAUAACUCUGGCUGAGAUGUUGGACGAUCUUGAAAUCGGCGGCGGGGAAGCCAAAGGAGAGGAAGGCGGCACUAUGGCUGAUUAAUAUUUCCUCUAAAUUACAUUUUUUCGCCAGAAAAUCUAUUUUUUAAACUUGCAGA